CCUCGGGCGCUAGACGUCCUGGCGGUUCAGUGUCGUGCGCGAUUUCGUAUGCGGCGCUUGUCAACUUCCGGCCGUGACGGGCUUCCACGUACGGGGUCGAUCGUUUCGAUUCUAAAGUUUUGUCAGGUAGAAGAUAACAGAUAAUUGGAAGCACGUAUUAAAUGGAAGAGAUGUGUAGUUCGAUUUAUCGGUGAAUCAUGAGCCAGGAACGAAACGAAAGACCCGUCCCUACUUCCUGCCACAAAAGUUAUCCUAAAGAGAACUCUUGACUUGGACGGUCGAUGAUGAAUGACUUUUGAGGCCGAGAAAUUAACUAGGAUGCAGCGUUUCGACGACGGUCUGACAACGAAGCGAAUAAAAUAUCAAACAGCCCGUCUGUCGUGAGUCGGUAAAAAUAAAAAAGAGAGGGAGAGAGAGAGAGACAGACAGAAAGAGAUAGAAAAGAGGAAAGUGAGAGGCGUGCUGCGCACUCUGGCUGGAGAGAACAGGAAGCGAAAGGGAAAAAUAAAUCCUCUGUGGGAAUCGAUGGUAACGCGUUAGUAUAAUUAAAAUCGGUAGCUGGCUCGCGGAACAGGAACACUAGAAUAAAUUUUCUGACAGAUUAAACUGAGCCGCGGUAAAGUAAUUUCCUCAUUAACGGAGGGAUUAGAAGAGCAGUGGUACUCGUGAUUCUACCGGUGAACUUGAACUUUUCAUACAGGAAAACAUUCUAAUCGUUCGAUUCGCGGUAGCGUAGAAAGUAACAGGUUUCGGUUAGUCUAAAGAGUAUACGGCUGAUCGACGAUCGAAAAGAUGCUGUCCGAAUACAACGAAGAGAUUGAGGAUCACUAACGAGAUUCUGAAAUCGAUUACGCGUGCUGAGUUAUUUCAGAGAUCAAUAACAUCGUCGAUCGUAGUGCGACGGCCGUUAUUAUCUUUAUCAUCGCUCAUACAUCGCGCGAUCAGAAACCGUCCGAUUCGGGCAAUCGAGCCACAAGUUGGUUGAUGGUCUGCAAAUAGCUGGACAGCGGCGUGCGGUAACUGCAAGAAAAGCAUCCUGUGUAUGUGCUACACGAUGGAAUCCCGCUCGUAAUGACUCGUAAUUGCGCGAAGGAGGAGCCAACGUCGUGCUGGAACGAUUUAAGGAACACCUAGCACCACCCUCUCUCCCCCUGGCUAUAAUGAUUAGGUGCACGCGACUUCAAGGAUUACCCGGUUGAAGUGUGGUGAGCCAAGGAUAAGAGAUUGCGGUGGACGUAUCUGAAUACGGAACGUCGACUUUCCAACCAAGAUAGGUUAUCGCCAUCCGAGUAUUCAGUCGGUGUCCUACGUAAAUUACAGAUCGACCGUGACGUUGUUGUAGCGAUUCUACUCGUCGACGUUGAGAGGGUUCAACCAGAUUUAAUUAAGGGGGGCAAACAUGGACACGUCGCCUACGUUGAGUAUCGGUGGCUCGAGGGCUAGAGCAGCGCUUUUGACUACCAGUGGUACCGGGACCGGAAGUACCGAUAGACGUGUCGUCUUUUUAGCUAGUCAACCGACCGUUGGGAGUAGUCACGAGACCAAGACUUGGCCGCACCAUUGGUCACCGCAUACGACCGGUAACAGUUACAAAUCGCCCGAGGAGUCGCCGCAUUCGGAGCACAGCAGAUUGAGAAUGUCUCGAGGGCAGUCAGGCUGGUCGGACGAGCCGUGCACGUCGACCGGAGGUCGAAACGUGCGACAGUCGGCAGGGCCAUCAUCAAGGACGACACCUCCGAUUCUCGAGGACCGCACUUCCGGCACCGCGUCAUGUAAAGGUGGAUUCAGGUUAGGUGUUUAUGGAUGGAGGAAAAGGUGUUUGUACUCUCUGGUGCUCACUUUGAUGGUCAUCGUGAUCCUGAACCUGGCGCUCACCGUGUGGCUGCUUAAAGUCAUGGGAUUCAGUUCCGAGGGAAUCGGUUCCCUGAAGGUAGUGCCCGGAGGGGUCGAGCUUAGAGGUCAGGCCGCCGUAUUGGAUGCUCUGGUGGCCUCCAGCCUGAGAUCCAGACGAGGAAAGAAUCUGGUGCUCGAGUCCUGGAGCAACUUCACCGCUUCCGCCAGGUCGCACGAUGGCCGAUUACUCGCCCGGUUCACCGUUGGCGAGGAUCGCGUGGACUGCGUGUCGAGAGGUUUCCGGAUAACCGACCCUCGAGGAGGAGUUCUCUUCUCAGCAGAUAGGGAGCAGGUGGUGGUGGGGGCAGAAAUGUUGAGGGUGACUGGCGACGGGGGUGCUGUUUUCCAGGGCAGUGUUCAAACGCCUCUCGUCAGAGGGGAAUCUGGACGUGGUCUCAGACUGGAGUCAGCAACCAGAUCCCUGAAGAUCAGCGCUCCCCAGCGAGUGGUCAUUGAAUCCUGGGCGAACGAGAUCUCAGCCUCGUGUUUAACGGAUCUGAAACUUCAAAGCGUACACGGUGGCAUCAAAUUGGACGCGAAGACUCUCUUCAUGAAAGGCUUGAAGACAGCCAGUCCUAACCAAGCACAUUCUUCGAGAGAACAGCAGCAGCAACAGCAGCACUCCACCAGGACGUCCUCUCACCAAAGUCAGAGAGACACGACCAUUUAUCAGUUAUGUGCCUGUGCUAACGGCAAACUUUUUUUGGCUAGGUCCGAAGGGACGUGUCAAGCGGACAAAUCGAUUUGCUAAUACUAAGCGAUUAAGCUAGACGCGACUCGAUGUUUGAAAAAAUCUAAAUAAAGGAUCCUCGCAAUGGAGAAGAUACCGAUCCUACGAUGAAACGCGAUGUAAUCAGAUUGACGAGCGGAACGAGCAGAUGGUGAUCGAAAUUCGUCGCGCGGAAGUUGUAGAAAUUGAUGGAGGUUGCGGUGCAUGGUAGUCGAAGUCCCGAGAUCGCCCGAGGCCUUUCGCUUUUCGCUGAUGUUUCCGCUCUAGAACGACGCGUGGACGCUGGUUCCCAUCGUUUAGGUCCGCGUUUCGCUGUUUUAUUCCGCUGGAUCCUAUGGACAAAGCGUUGGCGCCUCGUGAAAGAUGAAAAGGGAAAACAAAUGAACACUCUUAGAAAUCGUGUUUCCAAUGGCGGUGCUAAUUCCCGAUCGGUGGAUCGACAAACAGCGAAGCUACUACGAAAUGAAUGUAUAUCUUGUAUAUUAACGAAAUGGAUUAUCGGUAGUCAGCGGCUGGUAAUCGAAUCGUCAUCUCGUUCCUGUCUGUCCCUGCCCUGUCGUUAGGUCGAAUCAUUUUCCCUCGCCCAAUUCUCCCUUGCUGGUUUCUUUUGCGCAAAAUAUCGUUCGUGUGACCAGUCGAUAGGCAACGAUUUGCAGUUCCUUUGAACCCGAUCGAACGAAAGUUUAAAAAGAAGAGAAUGAGAGAGAGAGAGAGAGAGAGAUUAAAAUGCAUAUGAGAAAGAAAGAGAAAGACGUGUGAAGAGAUAUAUCUUGCCAUGUUAAAACUAUCGUUUCUAGCGUGUGCGCAAAAAUCUGUGUGUUUUCGCCCGGUUCCGGAUACGCCGAUUAGAGUGACACAUCGCGAUUAGAGGAACCUUUAUUUUGGAGCGUGUUUUGCGAUUAAACGGAGACGCAAGUGUAGUUCACUGUAAAAGGAUCUGAUUGUGCGAUCCAGCUUGCACGCUGUACAUCGGCCAUGUCCAUCUAUUUAUGUAUGUGGCAAUAAAGUGGUUAUUGUUACUAUUAUUAUUAAA